CAAACGAACAACAGCUUUCAAAAAAACCCCAACACAACUUCAAUCCUGCUAGAAGGCCGGCAUUGAUGACUAUAAUGUCUUCCCCUGCAGCAGAUAAUUCUCCUGCAAUGGCUAAUCCAAACUGCUUCCCCUUCCCAUCUCAUUUCAUUCUCUCAAUCCUCAUAACCCUAACCCUAAUUCCAUACGCACCCGCACUGAACUUCAAUCUGACAGCAUUCUCCCCAAAUUCCAAAGACAUAAACUACACGGGCGAUGCCUUUGCCUCACAGAACGUCAUCCAGCUAACCAAAAACCAGGCCGACGGGUCUCUAAAAAUUAGCGCGGGUCGAGCAACUUACCAGCACCUGGUCCGGCUAUGGGACUCGGCAACGGGAGUCACAGCAAACUUCACGACCCACUUCGAAUUCAUCAUCAAAACCUUCAACAACCGCCUAUAUGGUGAAGGAAUGACCUUCUUUCUCUCUCGCCCGGUCCCGGACCUCCCGCCCAACAGCACGGAGGGGUACCUCGGGCUCCUCGACCCGGCCACCGAGGGGAACUCCUCCAACCAGAUCGUGGCCGUGGAGUUCGACACGUUUAUGAAUGAGUGGGAUUCCGAAUGGGACCACGUCGGUAUUGAUGUGAAUUCCAUUCGGUCCGUGGUCACGAGUCCGUGGCGGGGUACGGGCGGGCUCAAGUCUAGGCGGAAGGGGGACGCUUGGAUUGACUAUCGGGCCGGGCGGGUUUCAGUUUUUCUGUCGUAUGAUGGGCAAAAGAAUGAAACGUCCACCAUCUAUUACGACAUGGAUUUGAAGACCCUUUUGCCGGAGUGGGUGAUGGUGGGCUUCUCGGCCUCGACGGGUGAGUCCACGGAGAUUCACAAUGUGAUCUCUUGGGAGUUCAACAUCUCGGAUUUGGCACCGCCAGUGGGUAAGCGAAAUGGAGGUUCUAUUAAAAUUGGGUUGUUGGUGUUGGUGGUGUUUGUUGGUGUUUUGGGCGUUCUUGGGCUCUUAUGUUGGGUUUUGUAUAGGAAGUGGUGGAGGGAGGAUCUGUGUGGGGAGGAUAUUGAUGUGGAGAUUAAUGAGUGUCUUGCGUCGGGUCCUCGACGAUUUAGUUAUAAGGAACUUUGUGCUGCCACUAAAGGGUUCAGUGACAAGUUAGGUCAAGGCGGGUUUGGAGGAGUGUACUACGGGUUGUUGCCUGGGACCAAGUAUCCAGUUGCAGUUAAGCGUGUGGCUCGUGGGUCUCAGCAAGGAAAAAAGGAAUAUAUAUCAGAGAUCACCGUCAUCAGUCGAUUGCGGCACCGAAACCUAGUUCCACUUCUUGGUUGGUGUCAUGAACGAGGUGAACUUCUGCUAGUAUAUGAGCACAUGUCUAAUGGAAGCCUGGAUCGCCACUUAUUUGAUAUUAAUUAUUCAGCUAUGGAGUGGGGCAUUCGAUUCAAAAUUUCUUUUGAAUUGGCGUCUGCUUUGUUAUACCUGCAUGAGGAAUCAGAUCAACGGGUGGUACAUCGAGAUGUGAAGUCUAGUAAUGUCAUGUUGGAUGCCAACUUUAAUGCAAAGCUUGGGGACUUUGGGCUUGCUCGCCUAAUGGAGCAUGGUCAGGUUGAUUCUGCCACCACUGUGAUUGCAGGCACUAUGGGUUACCUUGCACCUGAGUGUAUCAUGUCAGGGAAAGCUAAUGCAGUGUCAGAUGUAUUUAGCUUUGGGGCAGUGGCUCUAGAGAUUGCUUGUGGGAAACGACCAGUUUUUGAUGAGGACAAGCAAAGAGUACGUCUAGUAGAUUGGGUUUGGGAUUUAUAUGGAAGUGGGAGACUCUUAGAGUCUAUGGAUGACAGAUUGAAUGGGUUUUAUAAGGAAGAAGAAGCAAAGGCACUGUUAUUUAUAGGAUUGUGGUGUUCUCAUCCAGAUCCAGAUAUUCGACCAAGCAUGGGGCAAGUCAUUCGAUGUCUUAGAUUUGAGGCUCCCUUGCCAAAUUUGCCCUCUACAUUUCCUAAACCUAUGUUUGCUCCCCUCAUGGAAAUAGUACUGUGUGAGAAUGCUUUUUCAACCAAUACCCAUCACACUAGUGCAACCUCUGUAGGAUCAAAUUCAACAUGGACAAGGACUACCAUUUCUAGUUCAACUACUUCUCAUUCUGACAAGGCAUUCUUACAUAACUACAAAUCAAAUGUAUUUUGA